AUGGCGUUCCACAUUUUUGCACUCAUCCCUUCCAUCAUGUUUCCCUGGGCUGCCCCUUUCGAGUCUCUGCAGGCCAUCCUCACUAAGGCCAACCCGCCGAUUCGGGACGAGUCAAGUCCAUCAAGGACUGUGCCCCAAGACAAGACUGCGGCACCAGUCAACUGUUUCGAAGUGUCCAACUGGACUGAGUUCAACCUCGAAACGCUUAUCGAGGCGUAUGGAGACAUCCUGAAUGAACAAGUUCAGGUCACGAACCACGCCCGUACGGAGAUGCCUAGCAUUAGAUCCCUCGCUGAUAUCAAGACGGUCGGGCAGCGCCAUAUUUUCCCCAUUCUUCAGUACACCAUGGAAGCUGGAGCUCGCCACAUUGGCAUCCGGCUGGGGCGCCAUCUACCAACUUCCGAGUUUCGCCCAUCACUAUCCUUGCAAGGUCUCUGUCCAGCAUUCACGUUGCUUUCUGGCAAUGAUAGGGCACUUCUCGUUAGUUGUGUCCAAUAUGCCAAGCAGUGGAACUCCAGCGACCUUCUGGGGACUUCAGAAUCCGCCAAGUACCCAAUCGGCCGGCUUGUCACGUACUGUAGGAUCGCAGGCACUCGGUAUGGCUUUGUUCUCACCAGCAACGAGGUUGUCGUUGUCCGCGUCUCUCAGGCGGGCACGUCCAGAGCCUUCCAUGUUGAGUGGCAGGCCAUUCCAUGGGGUGCGUCUGGAGACAGCGCCCUUACAAUCAACCUUGCUCUAUGGUUUUUGGCCAUGAUGAGCCUGAAUGACGACCAUCGGCCAAUUUGCGAAUCAACUGAGCUUCUUCCGCUCAACUCAUGGUCAAGAUCCGUGGACUCGGACGGCCAGAUUGUAUAUCAGCACCAUCUCUCGAUGCGCAAGCGCUUGGAUCUACCGGCGAGCGCAGUUUACACUGAAGUCUAG